GUAAAGUGUCUCCCUUCUCUGUGAACUUAACUCAUGUCUAUUAUCGUCGUCAUGGGCUUGUGUCUGCGCGCUCUGCUGCUGCGGCUGCGUAAAGUUGCAAACAAAAUGGCACAAUGCGCACACAGAACAUUACAGUCGUAUGUUAAAGCGCAUCUGCUGUGGGGGAGGCGAACAAAACGAGUGAGUGAGUGAGUGAUUCACACCUUCACACUAAAACGAGCGGAUGUGUUGGGCUCUUUUUUUCUCUCUCUCUCUCACUUCCCUCGUCUUCCUUCCAUCUUCAGCUUUGUCAGGCAGGUGCAGACACAACUCGCCUCCUCUUUUGGUCUAAUUAAUAACUGGACUGCGGUGGAUAUGGAUAUGGGGUGUUGGGGCAUCGUCGGCAGAAGAAUUAAGAAUUAAUGAAUUCAUCAAUUAAUCGCAAACCUCAGUCAGGACUUUGAAGGAUGUUUUCUUUUUGAAGGCGUGCGUCCUUUUUGAAGACUGAAACCUUUGACACUGACAAGAGAAUCAGAUUUACUUCUUGGAUGGUGGGAGGUGAGACCAGACCGGACAGAAUGUCAGUAUUGAAGAUCAACAGAGAGAAGGAGCAAAACAUGACCACCGUCACGAUUGCGUCGCAAAGUGCAGUGAGCCGAGCGAGCCUACUGUGAAGAGUGUAUGAACCCCACUGCUGGAGAACUGCACAUUUUCAUUGUGUACGUUAGAUGUUUAAGGACAUUGUAGUUCAGUUUAAGAAGCUGAAUGACUCUUUAUCUGCAGGAAUGUAAUUACCACAAUUACCACCAGAACAUGGAAGAACAGCAAACACAGAGUCAGUGCUGGUUUUGACUCCCCUGUUAAUCCGGUGUCUCUCCGCGUCAACAACGUACAGUAAGACUUUCAUCGAAUAAUCACGUCUACAGUUUACCAAUGGCAAACAUGAAUGGCAUAGAAGAGAUGGCGGUGAAGUGUGUCCUGGUCGGAGACAGCGCAGUAGGAAAGACAGCCCUGCUGGUCCGCUUCACCUCAGAGACCUUCCCAGACUCCUACAAGCCUACGGUGUUUGACAACACAGGAGUGGAGGUGUACAUGGACGGCGUUCAGAUCAGCCUGGGGCUGUGGGACACAGCAGGUAACGACAACUUCAGACAAAUCCGGCCAAGAUCGUACCAGCAGGCCGACAUCGUCCUCAUCUGCUACUCUGUGGCCAACCCUAAUUCUCUGGCCAGCGCUCAGCACAAGUGGAUCGCCGAGGUUCGGGAGAACCUGCCCAAGGUGCCAGUGUUGGUCGUGGCCACCCAAACGGACCUGCGGGAAGUGGGGGCUUAUCGGGGAAGCUGCAUCUCUGCUGCUGAGGGCAGACGUGUGGCUCAGGAACUCCAUGCUAAAGGAUAUCUGGAGUGCUCCUCCUUGAGCAACCGAGGUGUGCAGCAGGUGUUUGAGUACGCUGUGCGGAUGGCUGUCAACCAUGUCAGGAAGCAGGCCAGGAGACGCAUGUUCAGCAUAAACCAGUGCAAAGUCUUUUGACCUUUGACUUGGGGGCUUGCUUUGAACUGUCAUGAUAUGACUUGCUGUUGCAACUCAGCGAAGCCAUGAGGAGGUUUAAGAAAUCCGAGUUGUAUAUGUUUUAUAUAAGUCUUUGUCAUGAUCGAUACAUUACGUCCAGUUUUUUUCAAGCGGGACAUCAGACAAUUGAAACAAUUGAAGCUUUAAUAUGGAUGUAUAAAGUACAUUGUUUGUCUAUUUUUAUAAUUAUUAAUAUCUGAGAUGCGAUGAGGAAAAGAAACAAGUUAAUUGUGGUCUUGAACUUUGUUGGUGGAAAAUGAAAAACACUUGUUUUUCCCAAACUGUGCAUAAACGCAUCGAUAUCCACUGAAUCUUUGUUAUACUGAUACUGAAGAAAAUUACACCAUGACAAUUAUUGUCACUCAGCUCUAAUACUUUUAAAAAAUACAUCACUAUUAAUGAAUUAAGAAGCUCAAGUCAAGUGCUGCAGUUUUUCAGCUCUUAAGAAUCCAGUAAUGUGGGUAUCUUCACAAAGAGUCCAAGGGUACGAGUCAUUUUAGGCAGAUGACAUUGAUAUAAACUCAGCCAAGAACAGACAAACGUGCCUGUACGUUCAAAUGAAAUGUUAUCACUGUCAACAACACAUAUUAUUCAUAAAAACGAAUACUUUUUCGAGAUUUGUCUUGAACUCUGUAGUUAGAGGAACCUGAAAUAACGGCGCAUGGAUAACGUUGUAUGAAAUUUUGAGCUAUCACAAUAGAAACAUGGCACACAUACGAACAGUAGAUAUUUUGUACAUUAUAUUUUUCAUUGGACUUUUUCAGUGAACUGUAAACCUUUUUUUUUUUUUUUUUAACAAAUGAAUAGCAAGAUAUGAUUUGCGACUGUCACUGUUGUGAUGUUUUUUAUGCCAUGGAUUUCAAACUAACGUAGUGCGCGAUCUUUUGCAUUGGAUGUGUUAUCUUUCAAUGUUCCCUUCUAAUUUAUACUUUUUGUUUGUGAAUAUAUGGUCUACUUUGUGUGUAAUGUCUAAUUUUUAUUAAACGUUUGUUUCAUAUA